CCCACUUUGUUUCUCUCUGUCUAUCUCUCCCUUCCUCUCACUCUUUCUUUUAUAGAGGUCUAGUAAAGCAACAUAAAUACCAAGUCCGACGGAGCAAACGUGUAUAUUACACCAACCUCUUUUUCUUUGAUUUAAUCAUUCGUAUUUAUAACAAUACAUAAUAAUGAAGCCUCCAACGGAAGGAAGCAUUUUGAAUUGGCGGUGGGGAUACGUUAUCAUAUUUUGUAAGUUUACCCUUCUGGUAUUCGAUGCAGGCAUCACGAAAUCGUUUGGUGUUCUUCUCCAUGAGAUGGUGGUGAGAUUAAACUCAAACUACGCAAUUAUUGGGUUCAUCUGCAGCCUGCCAUCCACCCUCUCACUUCUCGCAAGUCCACUUGUAUCUCUAAUACUAGAAAGGGUGAACGACCGACUGGUCGCCGGAGGAGGAGCAAUACUCGGCUCGACUUGCAUGCUCAUAUGUGCCUUUUCAACUAAUGUUGUAGUUGUGGGCGUGUGUCUUGCAUUAACAGGGACCGGUUUUGCCUGUAUUCACCUGCCCACAACGCUUAUCAUAAACGACUAUUUCCCUGAUGAUUUUGUCAUGAUGAAUACGCUUUCCUUGUAUGGUCUGACUGCAGGUGCAACCUUUAUACCGUUCAUCGUAGAAAGAUCGGAAGAGGCUUACGGGUACCACGGAAGUUUUCUGAUCUUAGCCGGUAUUGGUCUUCACGCCAUGGUGUGUGCUGCUGUAAUCCGUAAACCAAUCAUGAAGAAAAUUAAAAUUAAUUGUCCUGAAGCUAAGACAAUGGGACUGGUCCGAACAGAUCGCGAGAUGACAAGUAAGCUUACACGACCGAAAAAUAACAGCGCUCUGGGAUCAAGGGGUGAAAAAAAUCAUAAGGAACAUCAGUCAAGCAGUACAGGAUCUGAUCAUUCAGAGAUGGGGCUUGAUGACGUCGAAACUGCUGUGUUAACCGAACACUUACCAUUGAUCACCGAAGAAGAAGACGACGACGACAAACUGGCUGGGGCGUCUGCAGGGACAUCGAAGGGCAAUACCGAACCUUGGUACAAGUUCUGUUGCAGAGGUCUUACGUUUCAUGACUGGCUGGUCUUGUUUAACAUGCCGUCGAUUUUCCUCUUCUCAUAUGCAUUGUACGGUUGGAUGCUGUUCUUGGUACCCCAUGCCGAAUCCCUUGGGAUUAUCAGUUCCCAUGCGGUAUUAUUAUCCACUCUAGCAGGAAUUGGUGGUAUCUUAGGAAGAACAGUAUUCAUUAUUCUCAUUUCUAAAAACGUCGAUCCUUUUCUGAUAUACAUCCCCGUCAGUAUUGUCUGCAUCCUGACUUUUCUCCUUGACUUCGUCGGAUCAGGGUAUCCUGUACGGGCUGGUUUGGCGUUCGUCCAAGGCAUCUGUUUCUUUACUGAAGAUACUAUGCCCUCUGCCGUGGUAAAGAAGAUUACAUUUGACCCAGUCAAAUUCAGACGAGCUUAUGCAAUGCUAUUUUUCUUUACUGGAUUAGGAGCUACCUCAGCAGGCUAUAUGACAGGAUCUCUGUUCGACCUAACCCAGUCCUACACCAAAGUCUUCAUGGUUAAUGGUGUUCUUCUUUUUGUUGUUUUGGUGAUCUUGACCACCACAGCUGUCCUAUUGAGAGUUCAAUCUAGGAUCAACACGAAAUGAAACAUGUGACGUCAUCUGACCAUCCUAAUACGUAAAAGAUCCGUGACUAUGAACCUUACAGUGGAAUAAACACAAAUAGGAGUAGACGUGGACAAUAGGAAUACGUACAUCGUGUCAUAAUUAGAGGCUAAGAUGUGAUCUAUGUAGAUAUGAAUAUUUCCACUUGGAUAAUCCGGCAACUAAUAGGGCGACAUUAAGCUAUCGAUUGCCCUCCCCUAAGAAAGAUAUUAAAUACUCUUGUCAGAAAAUGAACAAUUUUUUUUUGUAUUUUAGUUGAUAUCGGGCACAUUGCCCUUUAAUACUUGCCGAGCUGGUCUUUUUUGAGGAGGGGUGGGGAGAAAAUCAAGACAUUGGAUGAUAAAUUGCCCCAAUUCAAUGGAAAAUAUAUAAUUUAGGAACAAAUAAAUUCGAAGAAUUUUGCAAGGUUUAGCUUAAUCCAAUAAUAACUUCACAAUAAUAUCUUAGAAUGUUUGUAGUCUCUUGAGACGUUAACAGACAUAUUUCAUUAAUACCUCAGUCACAUUUCCUCGAAAAAAGCCGCUAUAACAUUUUAUGUACUCUUUAAAAAAAUAUUUCGCACAGACUCCAUAGAGACAUCGGAGUCAUCUUAGCAGUCGGGGAUGAAAUUAGUCUCCACGAAGCUUCUGCAGUUGAUCGUCAUGUCUUGGAGACGUAGCGUAACAAGCCCACACAAAUUAAAAGGGUCAAAUAUACUGUAGGGGUAGCGGACAAUAAGAAUAUGCGAGUGAGCGAAGCGAGCGAGUUAAAAAGAAGACCCGUCUCAUUCGAUACUAUAAUUUUAUGGUAGUUUUUGACAUAUUACUUAAAAAAUAAUGUUAAUAUUUUUUUUCUCGGAAUUGAACAUUUUUCAGGGGAGGGGGGGGGGGGGCAUGGCACCCCAAGCUCAUCUGAAUGCCAGUGCGUCGACUGGAAAAUGUCGUGAAAAAAUCGAGCAUGUUCGAUUUUCUUGCGACUCCUCGGAGAAUACAAGUUAAUAAUAAGUUUCAUAGAUGUAUCGGAGACGUCUCUGCAAUCAGCAGAAUCUGGAGUCGCAAACUAAUGGCGAGCUAGUUGCAAUCCCAUUGACAUUAGCCUUUUUACGUUUUGCAAGUUUUAAUUUUGUGCUUGCCUAAGAAAGGAAUAAACACAACACUUUACAGCCCAUUAAAUGUGAUUUGCCCAAACUAUUAGAAAAUAAACACGAGAGCGCUUUGAUUGCAUCCAACUUCUGAGCCAAACCGUCGUGAACCGCCCCCCCCCCCCGGUUAAGUCUGAUCGCCUUCAGCACAUUCAUUAGCACCAAUAAAUAUAUACAGAUCAU